GAUAGUAUAGCCUGGUUGAACUAACCUUACCGGCCUUCUGCCACAACUUAUGUUUAAUCUCCAGAUAUAAAUUUCUCAUAAGAGUGUUCUAUGCUAUUUCUUUGGAAGAGAUAUCCAUGCUAAAGUUUUGAGUAACUUUUAAAGUGAAAUAGUUUUUGCUGCUAACUGGGAUUAGUGUAUGAAGUGAAGCUGUAGAAUAUCAAGAAAUGCAUUCUCUACUAAGCAGAGGGAAUGCACUGGUUGCAUACACUUUAAGCCUUUUGGCUUGCCUUACAUUCAUGUGUUUUUUGUCGACUCUGUUUGUUGACUACAGAAGCAGUGCUGCGAUAAAUACUGUUAAAGUUGUGGUUAAAAAUGUACCUGAUUACAGUGCUUCUAGAGAGAAAUGUGACCUGGGAUUCUUAACAUUUGAUCUACAAGCCAACCUUACCAAUGUUUUCAACUGGAAUGUCAAACAGCUGUUUUUGUAUCUUACAGCAGAGUAUGCUUCUGAAAAGAAUUCCCUUAGUCAGGUUGUUCUCUGGGAUAAGAUCAUAUUACGAGGUGAAAAUGCCAUUCUGGAUUUCAAGAGUAUGAAUUCUAAGUAUUAUUUCUGGGAUGAUGGAAAUGGUCUUCGAAAUAACUCCCAUGUCACAUUAACACUUUCUUACAAUAUUAUUCCAAAUUCAGGAUUGCUACCGAAUAUUGGAGCGACUGGACAUCAUAUAUUUCAGUUUCCCAGUGAAUAUACUGUAUCGCGUGCUUAACAUUCAUUACAAAUAUAAAACUUUUUUCAUAGACAACUUUAUAAGUUGUACUGGUGUUGAUAGCAGUGUUAGAAGAUAUUUGACCAAACAAAUGUUUGUUAUUAAUUGGCUCUUUGGAUGGUAUUUGGUCACAAUCUUUUUUUCGAAUUAAUGUUGCAGAGUUUUAUGCUCUGUGGGAUGUUUACCCUAAAAAUAUAAAAGUAAACAUUUAAUUUAAUUUUUCAGUGAAAAUCUGUUACAACUUCUGAUUAAAGUUCUCCCCAUAGGUGUUUGUUUAAAAGAACAUACAUUUUUUUUAUUUUCUUUUAAAAAUGUAAUUUUUAUUUAAUGUCAAAGAUAAAAUAUUUCACUCUAUUAAGAUUUUUUUUUCAUUUGUAACCAUAUAUUUGUUGAACAUUGUAAUAUUUUAAAAUUAAGUUGUAUUUAUAGGUCAUUUUUUAUGAUUUGAAUAUAUACGUCUUGUCAUUUUCAAUACACCUUUCUGUAUGUACCUAAUAUAGUUAAUAUAAAAUGUCAUUUUGAAUAUUCUUGUUGGGAAUUGUGCCUUUUCCACAGUGUUGUACUUAAGCUAUUUAGUAUGUCUCUUUCAAUCAUCAUACUCAAAAUCAGUAAACACUCAAUAUAUUAAGAUUACGGAGUCUGUUGAAGUGUCUCAUGGAGCUACAUUAAAUUAUAUUUAUCUUCUAGUUUCUUGAGGUGUUGAGGUCAGUUUUGUUUCAUUAUUACAUAAGUAUUCAUUUGUGAUAAUAAAUCAAUUUCAUUUAAAGGCGUUGUUCUAUAUUUUGUUACUUGAUUAUUUUUCUUAUUUAUUUAAAUAAUACCUAUUUGUAAUUUCAAAUAAAACAUACAAUAUGAGAUG